CGAUACAAGCUUCGAUACAGCUCCUCCUUCCGAGGUCGAUGACGAUGGCAGCGAAUUCGAGCCGGGACGCCGUGAGUCUACCGAUGAGCCUCACACGCCUCAAGACCAGGAAGACGGAACCAAACCGCUCCGCUAUUCGGUACAAUCCUUGACCCUGGAGACUAUGAGCAGCUCGGGAUCUGAGGCCACCAAGCGUCUUUCUACUACCACCAUCAUCGAGAACUAGAAAGCAAGGACGAAAACGAAACUACGAUACACAAAGCGGCUUCUGAGAAAUUCCUUCCCCCAAUUUUUUAACUUACAUUUUUUAAUGCUUUUUCAUGGCCUUUUUUGGCUAUUAAUGUAUAUUGUGUAUAAUAAUCAACGACGAGGUGACAUUACGGCCCUGCACCAAAAAGUCCGAAGAUUUGAACGGGUUAGGCGGGGCAGAUGAUGGGGAACAGCUAGAUUGGCGAGCAAGUUUUGGUUAAUGGCUGGAAGCAAACGAUUUCAAUGCUGAGAAGGGAACGAAAAAAUAACCAUUGCUCAAAGGUUGACGGCGUUUUUUGGUUUGGACACGAUGGAUACAGGGCAUUUGGAAACCAGCAGAAAUGGGCUGUCAAAGCAUCAUUAAGGCGGGACUCGAUUCUUCGUUGCUCUAUUUUUAUCUUCUUUUUUUUCUUCUUCUUUCAAAUAUUUCUUUGUCUGGUUCUGGAUUGGCCCUUUUCUCAGUUUUGCAGCUUCUUUUCUUUUUCUUGACAGUCUUUUUUUUUUUUUUACCCUGGUUGACUUUAUUGUUUUUAACUGAAAUCAUAUUCGAGCGGGCGCACCAUGGAAAGCAUAUUGGGGAAUGCGCACGCUUGGGCAGUUUGCCGAUUCAUCUGCAAAUUACUAGAACAAGGGCCAGGAAGGAUUUGUUUCGUUCUCAGACAAAGAAGGGGGAUUGCCGUUGGUAGCGGCGUUUUUGCGAUAACACAUAUACCUAAUGAGAUAGAUGUAUUAGAAUUAAACAUGGUAUCUUGAUGCUCUUCUUGCUCAUCUUUGAUGUUUCUGCUGCUUUGAAAAUGAAAUUGUGACGAGAGGGCGACAACAUAGCGUCCACUCUUUGCGGUUAUUGUUACUUCAAAAUCUCGAGAAUGUUGGAGACAUCAUAUCCACGCUUCACUAUUGUUGUUAUUUCAGAAACUCAAGAAUGUUGGAGACAACAGUGUCGGGAACCUGUUCUGGAAUAUAAUGUCCAGCCUCAAUGUGCUCGACCUCAACUGGCACGCCAUCCGCAGUGACGUGUCUCCAUUCCUUUUCCACAUCAAACAGCCGACUGACGACGCCCCUUUUACCCACCAGGACUCUGAUUGGCGAUUGAAUUAGCCUUCCUUUGUCGAGAUCCUCUCUCGCCUCAUCAAGGUCAUGUGUGGCACUCGCACGGUAGUCCUGGCACGUAGCGUGGACAUAGUCCUUAUCCUCCAUACACUUGACGUACUCUUCCAGAGCGUCUCUGUGGAAGAGUGGAUGCUUCCCAACUCCCAGGAACAUCUCGACGAGCUGGCGCGGAGCCCCAUUGAUAAGCGUCUCAGGAAGAGGAUACGGCUGGAUGAGGAGAUACCAGUGAAAGAAGACUUUGGGGAAUUCGGGAUUUGGCGAGUUGUACAUGGCCAGGGUGGGACAUAUAUCAAGGAGAAUGGCCUUGCGAACACGGGUAGGAUGAUCAACGAGGAGCUUGUGAGCGACACGGGCUCCACGAUCAUGAGCGCAGACAUAAAAGGGCUGGUUGGCAUAUCCAAGGCUGUCCAUGACGGCAAUGCAGUCUUGGGCCAUGUGGCUCUUGGCGUAGAGCUCCGUGUUAUGGGCGGGCUUGGAAGAAGCACCGUAGCCGCGAAGAUCCAUCAUAACAACAGAGUAAUGGGAGAUCAGCUUGGGAGCGACGAGAUGCCAGAUAAUGUGCGAUUCUGGAUAUCCAUGGAGCAGGAGAAGAGGGGGAAGCGAUGAAGACGAGUCAGACGAUUUGAUGCCGUAUAUGGAGAUGGGAGGAGAGGACUGUGUCUGAACCGUGAAUGGAGUAAAAGCAGAGGAAAAGAGGGCAAUGGGAGCAGCCAUUUUGGCUAUAGGUCAUGAAUAGCAAUUAUGGCAGUCUUGGCUUCAAGAAAGAGGCUGAUUGGGAAGACAAGUCACACCUAUCCUGGCAUUUGGGGUUGCUCACGUUGAUAUAGGAGGCGAUGGGUAUGAUGUAGGUAUCACAUGGAGGGGCUACACCCCUACAGAUGGAUGGAGCUGGACGCCAUGAACCCACUGGAUCCUGGUGCCGAGCUUGAUGGGGGGGGACCUCAGAAUAGCGCCUCGGGAUAGCGUAUGGAAAUAGCCGUUCCAUCCGCUGUCUGCACCUCUUGCACCGUUCCAUCCGUUGUUUGCGCCUCUUGCAUUGACGGAAAGCUUGAUUUCUUAGAGUACGACGUAGACGACAAUGCCGAGCCUAUAGGGAAGAGGCCAUCAGUUAGCAGCGGUACUCGGUAAGUGGGCAUAUACAUGCAGUCACUUUACCUGGAGUCUCAUUGGUGCAAAUGGAGAUGAGGAAUCUGUGGUGCGGUGGUGGGUGUUGGAAAGGCGGCGCGUAGUUGAUACGUUUAAAGAGAAUCAAUCAGGGCAAAAGAGACACCGCGGUGGAAUCUUUGUUGCAAGCAUUGCCAGACUGGAGACAGAGAGAGCCUUUCUCUGAGAAGAUGAGCAAAAAAGGAGAUGAAGGAUGAAAGGUGACAAGUUUAUCCUUUCUUUUUCCUUCUCCUUUGCUCAGGAGCAGUUGCCCGUGCAGAUCGGGUCACCUUGUAGAUAUUGUCGCUCCUUCCCUUAUAAUAGCUGCCAAAAAGUAAAGCCACAGUCGCGAUGAUGUAACUUCUUCGGUACCAGCUUCAAGCCAUCGGCACAUCUUUUAGCCGCCCGUCCGGGUUCCCUUUCUGCCAAUCCAAUCGAUGCUUUCCAGUUUCAAUCUCAAAUCUCACACCCUCUCCAUCAUUGCAACGGUCUCAUAUUUCUUCAGGAGAUUAAAAAGAAACGGAUCCAUCUCUGCUCCGCAUACCGGCCCCUCUUCCCCUUCCACGGCUGGAAAACCAACGACGACGAAUUCCGCUGGCGGGGAGAUGAUGAGUUGAAGCAAAGAGCCCAUCGUUGCAACUUUCGGCCCCACCUACGGCAAACAACUCUCAUAUGGCUCCGGUCCGUGGCCGCGCAGCCUGCGAUGGGUGCAGAUCUCGAAAGCAGAAGUGCGAUGAAAAAAGGCCAACCUGUUCACGAUGUCGUGACAUGAAACGGGAAUGCGUGUGGCCGAAGCUAUACAAGCGUGGCCCGGCAAAGGGUUACAUCGAGGCGCUCGAGCAGCGUCUCGCAGUGACCGAGGCCGUGCUUCUUCAGCUGCUCCAAGUGUCGGGUGACAGCGUUCUGCAGGAUGCCUUCAAGCAUGAACCAGGCAGAAGAACGGAUGUUUUGAACAUGGCAUCCGCAGCAACUACAACAACUGACGCGGCAGGGCGAAUAGAGGCCAAGAAGACGGGCACAAUUGCCCACUGGGACAACUUCCCCCUGAAUACGGCAGACGAUGUGAAGCGCUGGGCAGGCGAAGUCCUCGGGCACAACGCUGGUGCCCAGGCUGGCAACCGUAUCGGCAGCAUCACCACGAACGGCACGGCCCUUGAAGAGGCGAAUCCGGCGGUCACGUCGUUUGAAACAUAUCCUGUCCCAUCAGAUCUGCUGCCAAAGAGCCUGCCCGAGGCGGGCUCGAGAGCCAGCACCGAAGCAUUUCCGCCUCGAUCAUUGGAGCCGAUAGCGACAGCCCUACCGACUGCCGCAGAGCCGGUCUUGGGUUCUGGCACGAUGUUUGCGAGGGAUAUAGCGCCACAAGGCGAAGUGUUUGACUUGUCUCAAGAUUUUAGACGGCAGUUUGUAUGGUAACGCAGGUAGGUUUUUGUUUUCAAAAGAAAUGUACCACUAUUCAACCUUGUACUGCGUGGCCAUUAUUCAUAUAUACAGAUGUGUGUGCUUUUCAGAGCGUGUGUCAUUGUGUUUUUUUUUUCGGCAUGAGACUCUUGCCAAUAACGAAAUAUGUACCUGUGCUUGGAUAUAGUUACGUAGAAAUACUGGCGAGUCUCAUCUCCAAUUCCAUGUUCAUACCGUAGCCCGUGUACCGUAAAGAUGGCAUAAAAUGAUGAUGAUAAAAAAAAACGUUACAGACAAUAGAAGAAAAAAUCACAAUCACUUACACGUUCAACCUAUCUUCCAAAUUCUGCACAUAGUUAUCCCACCCAAUGUUAUUAAACAGCAGCCCCGACGAUUCCGGGUUCAUAUUCUCGCUCAGGAACCGCUCCCAC